AUGCAAUGGAUAAAGAUUUGUUUUUUUUUUAAGUUAACUGAGAAAGGUACUUUCCUUCAUAGCUCAUUAUUUAAUCCAUUUUUACGCAAUUUCAAAACAAAUAAAAAUGUGAGUAUUAACAAAUUAAUAAGAAAGAAGAAAAUAAGAAGCCACGAAUUACACAGUAUAGAAGAUAUAGAACCCCUGUUACAAGAGAAACAACAUGAUGUUUUUCAAAACUAUCCUACUAUUAAGAAUAUGAAUAAAAUUAUAGACGUACAGAGUAUUCCUAUUUUUAAAAAAAAUGAGAACCCAUACAGUAUUUUAAAUAAAAUAGCUCUACAUUUUGGAGACUUAUCAUACCUAAAGGGUGAUGUGGCUGUAAAUGGAACAAACAAGAUGUUUGAAUUAAUGAAAGAAGGUAACGGUUAUGACUGUUCAGGUAAUUUUUUGAAAACAUGUGGUGAUUCUUUGUUUAAUGAUAUAAAAAAUAUUCGAGAUCAAAAUAAAGACAAAGAUUUAUUGAUAACAAAAGGGCACAAGAGUGCAUAUAAAUAUAUUAUACAUACUGUGGAACCAUAUUACAAUGAAACAACAAAAUUAAAAAAGUGCUAUAAAGAUGUCUUAUUAGCUGCAAAAAAUAAUUCUUUUAAAACUGUUGUUUUCCCAUUACUUGGUAGUGGUAUUAGUUUAUUUAAAAAACAUGAUGUUGUUAUAAGUUGUUUAGAAGGAAUAUAUGAAUUCUUAAAAGAAAAAGAUAAUUUUAUUUCAGUUGAUAAAGUAGUUAUAUGUACCAUUAAUGAUACAUACUGGAUGCUUUUACGAGAUUCAAUACCAUUAUAUUUGGAUGAAAAUACCAAUUAG